AUGUUAUCUCGGCUGAGACCGAGAUCGGUCUUCUUCAUCACCUUGGCCGCACUAUCGUGUUACUUUUUAGUCUUCAGCGGUCCUUCACCAAGUCUGCACAUUGUCCCUUACUCCAAGGGCGGAAGUACAGGCAAGCAAGGCUCGGCCCGUGACGCGAAAAACAACCACAACGACGAAAAGCCGCUUACCAGACCCAAGCCGGACGAUAUCACUCUCAAGCCUGACCCUGGCCAUCACCAUGAGGAGCCUACUGGUACUCGUGCGGGUUGGGAAAUUGACAUUGAAGACCUGGCCUAUUGGUCCGACCCGGACGAUAAGGAGAGUAAUGACGACGUCCUACCUGGCUAUGAAACCGACGGUACAGAUAGAGAUGCUGGCGACAUCGCCAGACUUCAACAUGAGAAAGAUUUGCGAAAGAUGUGGCGUUAUGCUUACAAAACCACUUCAAAACUCGCAAACUCCAACCUGAUUUAUGGUAACACACUUAACGAGCUGGUCCUCAAAGACAAUCGGACCGAAGAACAAGCCAAGUGCCUUCGUGAGGAUCCGAAUGUCAAGUUUUCGUUGAAUGACGACCAACCGGUGCGAUUCAGUCCGUAUCCUGACUACAACGGCGACGAAUGGAAGAAGAAUGGCCACGCUCCUUAUGUGCCCUGCAAGGGUCCCACCGGCGAAUUUGUCGAAGACUUGCUCGUUUUCCGCGGUCGCCCAGCGAGGUGGCCUGAGACAAAGUUCGGCGAUUACGACUUGUUUGGUAUUGACCCCAACUUGUGCUGGGAGCGUGAUUCCCGCCUUGGACAGUACGGGCUCUGGGAAAUGAAAAAGAAGGUUGGGGGGUCGUACAAAACCAUUGACUGGGAUAAUGUCAACUGGGGUGAAUUACAGAAGAGCUGUUUGAAGCACAACGCCAACCGCUUCGACAUGACCAUGAGCAAGAAGAAUCCUUAUCUUGACAACUACUCCGAGAAUCGCCAGCCUACCAUUCCACCAUUGGCACAAAAGACUACCAAUUCUGAGCAUGGAGAGACAGGCACCCCUAAGAUUAAAGGGCGAUCCGUUGCCUCAAAAGGGGCCCAAACCACCAAGGAGUCUCGAACGGCCCUCCUGCUUAGAUCGUACACUGGCAUGAAGUACUCUGACAACGACAGACAAGUCAUUCGUGCCCUGAUUAGCGAACUCAGUCUCAAGACUGGUGGGCAGUAUGAGGUCUUCCUCCUGGUUCAUUCCAAGAAUCAAAGUCUUGCCAUUUUUGAUGACGAUGAGCUGUAUCAGACCGUGCUCAAAGAAAAUGUGCCUGCCGAAUUCCACGGCAUCACUGUACUGUGGAACGACCAUCAGGUCUGGGAUGUGUACACCGAGUUGAAAGACGAGUAUGCGCGAGCUGUCCACAGCGCUCAGUGGCUUUCGGUACAGAAGUUCAGUCAGGACCACCCACAAUUCGAUUACAUUUGGAACUGGGAAAUGGAUUUCCGAUACACGGGGCAUCACUACGACCUUCUCGAGAAGCUGUCGGCAUUUGCGAAGAAGCAGCCUCGUAAAUAUCUGUGGGAGAGAAACGAGCGCUACUACAUCCCCGAGUAUCACGGCGACUAUGACACCUCCUUCCGCGAAGAUGUCGCAAAGAAGCGAGGUAAUAAGACGGUUUGGGGCCCUCCUAAACUGCCCUUCGUCAGGCCUGUCGGCCCCAGACCCCCAGUGGCAUCUCAUGAAGAGGAUGACUAUGAAUGGGGUGUCGGCGAAGAAGCCGAUUUCAUUAGUGUUGGCCCCAUUUUUGAUCCUGUUGAUAGCCAGUGGAUUAUUUCAAACCAUGUCUGGGGCUAUAGCGACGAAAAGCACAAGUCUGCCGACCUGCCUCGACGCACGACCAUUGUCACCCAGUCCCGAGUCUCAAAACGUCUCCUCGACAUCAUGCAUGUUGAGAACCUGCGUGGUCAGCAUGUCGCUUCUGAGAUGACGGCGCAGACGGUUGCAUUGCUUCACGGCCUGAAGACUGUCUUCGCUCCUCAUCCAGUUUUUAUGGAUCGAGAUUGGAAGGGAGGCUUCCUCAACAACUGGUUCAACCCUGGACCCGAUGGCGAAUCUGGGGGCCGUGGAUCACCGUUUGGCUGGGGAAGAGAGCGUCGCUUCCAAGGUACCACCUGGUAUUAUCGUGCCGAGCCGCCAAACAGACUCUACAACAACUGGAUGGGCUGGGUUGACACAGGCGUUGGCGGGAUGGAGUGGGAGAAGAAACAUGGACGUCCCUGCUUGCCAUCGGUCAUGCUGCACCCCAUCAAGAACACACAACCCACCAAGUCAGAUCACGAGUCUGGAUUUGAGCUGGCUUUUGGCUAA